CAUAUAUUGAAAAGUCUGGCCGGGCCUGGACAUAUCUUGGCCCGGACCAAACAUGGCCCGUCGAAGUCCCUAACCAGAGUAGCAAAUAACUUCCCUAUAUAAUCUCUCCAUCCUCCACACGUGCUACACUACAACCACAACAUAGUACAUCUCUUCCUCUUCGUCUCUUCUCGCUUCUUCUUCUUCUCCUUCUUCUCCUGCAAUGAAGAAACAAGACCUUGAUUUGGUUUUGGUCCCUCUGGGCCUUUUUAUAAUGGUGGCCUACCAUAUAUGGCUCUUCUAUCGCGUCCUAAAACACCCCACCGAGACGGUCGUGGGCCUCAAUUCAAUCAAUCGCCGGGUAUGGGUCCGAACCAUGAUGGAGGACACGCCCAAGAACGGCAUCCUGGCCGUCCAAACGCUAAGAAACAACAUAAUGGCAUCGACCCUAUUGGCAUCAACGGCAAUCAUGCUGAGUUCCUUGAUCACGGUCAUGAUGACCAACGGCAGCUGCGCAAGGGGCGGCAUCAGGAGGUUUCCGCUCGUGUAUGGGAACACAAGCGAGUUGGGUUUCUCUAUCAAGGCCUUCUCCAUCUUGGUGUGCUUCUUGGUGGCUUUUCUCUUGAAUGUGCAAUCCAUCAGGUAUUACAGUCAUGCAAGCAUUCUAAUCAACGUCUGUAAAUCACCGCAUCUCUCGGCCGAGUAUGUGGGAAGGGUUAUGAAUCGAGGUAGCUAUUUUUGGUCACUUGGCUUACGUGCCUUCUACUUCUCUUUUCCUCUUUUUCUGUGGGUAUUCGGGCCCAUUCCUAUGUUCUCGUGCUGCGUUGUCCUGGUUUUCCUCCUCUAUUUCCUGGACUUCUCCUGUGAUCCGGUGAUGGACGGUCGUGAUGACGAUGAGGAAGAAAGAUGUUAGAUAGGCCGUGGGUCCACGUGGCAUGUGGUGUUUUGUUGGACGGUGGUGAUUCUAGUUCAACCCAAGUUGAAUUGAGUUGAUGGGGCUGUGGGGAUUCCAAUGACCUACAUUAGAGUACAGAAUAUACCAUGUGAUGUAAUGUGAUAGAAAUAGAAGAUAUUGUAAGUGGGCCAUGAACAUGAAUCCUCGUGGGGAUGAUGGUCCUGUUAUUGAGUUCUGAUAUGAUAAUAGGCCUUUGUUUUGUGAUGUUAGGUGGCAUCAUUAACAGACAGAUGUCAAUAGCCGGAUAUGAAAAAUAUAUUUAUAAUUAGGA